AUGGAUGAAUUUAACUUCGUCGACGAUAAUAAUAGUAACAGCAGUAAUGAAAUGGUGGGCAAUGCUGCACCUACGGUAAAACUGUACAAAGGAAAAAAAAAUAAUAUUAUUAAGUUGUCUCAAAAACAGGAACAGGUACAAAGACAACAAUAUCAACGACCACAGCAACAACAAAUUCAAACUUCAUCGGAUGAAGAUGAAGAAUAUGAUCAUAAUGACAUCCAUGGUAAUAAUAAUUUAUAUGAUGAAAAAUUGUCACUGACAAAGGAGCCUACCACCACAUUAUCUUUAUCGGAUAGAUUACCCGAAUUAUAUGAAGUUUUAAACCAACAAACAGCAGCACCCGUCGACUUAUGGACCUUUUAUAAUUAUCUGGCACAAUAUCCAGUAGCUAUUAAUUAUUUGGACUUUUGGAUUGAUGUAGUCACCCAUCUAAGAUUUUGUAAGGAUUAUGUUAAAAGCAUUAGAAAAAGCGUACUAUCAUUUAAUGCUCGUACUAGCCAAAUACGCCAAUCACAUUCUUCCAUAGGGAUUAACAACAACAACAACAACGUGUCUGCCACAAAUAUUUCCUCUGCUCAAUUUUAUAACAAUACAUCAACAUCUAAUCUAAAUAACAACACAAGAGAAACUAUACCCAGUUUUUUAUUAUUAAAAUCAUUACGAGAUGACGAUUCCUUUAUUGGCGGACCGCCUGAACCUAGUUUUGGACGUAACUCUAAUCGACAAGAUAUAACCAGUAAUAGAAGCAGCCAAAGAAUAUCAGAGUUUUUAAAUGUUGAUUUACAAUCGCCCGAGCUGCACCAGUUGCUAGAAAAAGUAAACGGUUUAACGUCCACACCUCAAACCCAAAAUGAUUCAAGCAUAACUAUUUCUACUGCCGAAUUAAUGGAUAAAUUUGUUAAGGCACAUGGUGUUAAAACACAUAUGGACAGUAAGAAACUAUUGGAUAAUGCCACUAGUAUAGUUAGAACCUAUUUGUUAUCUCCAGAACAAUCCUCAAAGUUUUUAUAUCACACACCUGUAGCGACUAGAAACUGGAUAGUUCAAAUGGUAAUGGGUCAGAAUAGAUAUGAUCCGUCUGUUUUUGAAGACUGCAAAAUUUUAUGUUUUCACUUUUUGGAACAACAGAUGUAUCCACUGUUUUUAAAAGAGAUAACCUAUCAUAAUUUACACGAUGAUUAUAACACCACAACUAAUUCAGUUUUUUCCAACUAUACACGAUUAUCGCGUAUACUGCUUGGAUUGUUUUGGCUUUGGGUUGGUUUUUGGAUAGGCUACACUCUAAUUUUCUUAAAUUAUGGGAAGGGGAUUAGAGUGGUUACAAUUGUACCUUUUAUAAUUGGUUGCUAUUAUAUUAUCGUUGGGAUUUUCAAAGUUGAUUUAUUUUAUGCUUUGUUUGGUUUAACCCAAAGAAUUACCUCAAUUGUAUCAACAAAUGGUGGUAAUAACAAGGAUUCAAAGAAGAAUUAUCAGAACGAUAAUGAGGUGGAACUUGGAUAUUACACCAGAAAUACUUCAUUAAGACAUAACUUUCAACACAUACCGGUUAUAUUUAGAUUUUUAGGUGGCAGAGAUAGAUUAAUUAAAAUCCAAUCAAAAGUAAUUGUAAAACUACUUAGGAGAAGAGCUUUAUGGGCAACCGUGUGGAUCUUGUUUUGCACUGGUUGUUUUACUGUUAUUUUCAGUUGUGUUCCCGGUAGGAGAUUGUAA